GUACAAGUAAGUAACUAUGGCCUCAUUUGCUCGUCUGGGCCGUCGGCGUGUGGUCGACGAAGAUGAGAGACUGGCGAGUCGGAGGCCGGCGCGUGAUUUGUUGGGCAGCGUCGAAAGUGGGCACAUCAAGUGAGAAGAGGACCAAGCUUUGCUACAAUCCACCCCAUGGUCCAAUAAUCUGGAAUCUGAUAUCACAUGAAGAAUGGCUACUUGAGUGAGGCUGGACUUGACUGUUGUAGUGCUGACGAUGUAGGAAUUGUGUGAAAUCAGGAUGGGUCCAGAUGUCCCAUUGCUGAAUGACUACAAACAAGAAUUCUUUUGGAAGCGCUUUCCACAGACCGUACUUGGAGGACCCCGGUUAAAGCUAGGAUUCUGUGCUCCACCUUAUGUCUACAUUAACCAGAUUAUCUUAUUCCUGAUACCAUGGAUUUUCGGCGGUGUAGCAACUAUCCUUUACCAGCUGAAUACACUAGAAGAUUUUCACGCAGCCAUCCUUGCUGCAGGGUUAAUGCUGCUAGCAGCCUUUAUUGUUCAAGGCAUGAACCUGUGUGCCAGAAGAAAGACUGUAGCUGUCAAAACAUUUCAGUUUCAAAAUACUUUGGCAGAUGAGGAUGAAUUGGAGUUUUCCAGCUGUAUUGGAUCAGAGACAAUAAAAUUCAUUAUUCCUGGCAAAAAAUAUUUAAUCAAUACAUUCUUUCACUCCAUUCUUGCUGGAGUACUAUGUGGCCUUGGUACAUGGUAUUUGCUGCCCAACAGACUGACGAUACUAUACAGUAACACAGGAGCAACUGUUGCACUCUUUAUUUUUGGUUGGGUGACACUUUGCAUUGGAGAAUAUUCAUUAAUAAUAAACACUGCUAUAGAGACUGCUACAUUCCAGGCACAGGAUAUAUAUGAAAUCAAUGCACUUACAAGACCACUUUAUAUCUUUGUCUUCAUUGCUGUGGAUCUUGCCUACAGAUUUACUGCUAAUGUUCCAAGCCUCCUUCAAGCAAAUCAGAUUUUGCACAUUAUUUUUGUAUUUCUGCCUGUUCUCUGGGCAGUUGGUAUUUUGCCUCCUGUGGAUGCACUCUUCUUAUGGGCCCUUGAACAAGUCUUAGAAUUUGGAUUUGGAGGUUCACCCAUGGCAACCAAUGUAAGAUUAUUAGUUAUGUUUCUUGUGUCCAUCGGAGUGGUGGUUGCAACAUUCUUCAUCCCGAACAGUCUUGGUGUGGUGCUAUUCACAACUGGAAUAGGGUUUAUACUUAGUAUUGAUCUCAACCAGGUUGAAGCUUCCUUUGGAUCAUGCUGCAGGACAGCUCGUGCUUCAUUCGAAUACCCCAAACAUUUUCUUAAACCUCUUCGAUGGUGGCUUAGCUGGAAAGAAGUCUUGAUCUACAUUAGCCUUCUUCUAACGGCACUUACAGAAGCUGGUUUGCUACAUUUCUUUAUAACCAAAUCGACUAUAUCUAUAAUAAGUCCUCAAGCCAUAGUAAGUUACAUUCUAAUAGCACUGCUGGUAAUUUGUAAGGUGUUCCAACAAACUCAAGGUGCUUAUCUUCUCUUUGGCUUCAUAAGAAAUCCUUUGUAUCCCAAAGAAAUGAGGACUAUGAAAAACUUUAAGCAGAAACAAGCAAGAUUAGCAAAAGCUGGCAUUGUUCGGGGGAUUCUCAUCAAUUUUGUUUGUCCAUUUGCGAUGAUAGCCUUUCUUUCAAUGGACACUUCACUACUGGAUCUCCACACCGCUUCUCUUUGUAUUGGGUUCACACGAGCAUUUAGAACAGUGUGGCAGAAUACAGAGAACGCACUAGUGGAGGUUGUGGUCGUAGCCAUUGUACGACUGGCUGCAUUAUAUACAAGUUUGGUGUGGUGGAACAGUGUGGGAACAGGAAUCCAACUCCUAAUGGUUGGAAUUAUUCGAGAUCGCUUCUUUCAAGCAGUUUCGAAACUAAAAUUUGCUCUGACUGUACUUAUCUCCUCUUGGACGGAGAAGAAGCAGCGCCGAAAGUCUUCCGCCACGAUAAUCACUUUUAAUAUAUUUUUGUUCCCACUCGUGUUGACAGUUAUAGCUCUUGCUUCUGCACUUUCAGCCCCAUUGCUUCCACUUUUCACACUUCCGGUAUUUUUAGUGGGAUUUCCAAGACCUAAAAGGAGCUGGCCAGGAUCUGUGGGCUCCUCUGCAUGUAAGUGCCCUGAUUCGGUGUAUUACCAGCAGAUGGUGCACAAUCUGGCUGCUGCAUUCGGGACAGCAUUUGCUGCUGGCAGCUUAGGAGACCCCUCACCAGGCUCCCACUUCUUGUGUCGUUUCCAAGAUCGAUUAGUGUGGGUUUUGGUUCUGGAGCGAGGCUUUGGCUACUGCUGCCUUAAUAUUAAGGGUUUAGAACUACAAGAAACAUCAUGCCACACCGCUGAAGCUCGAAGACUGGAUGAGAUGUUUGAAACGACCUUUGAACAAGAUGACCGUACAUCGGCCUGUUCAGUAAACCCAUAUUUUGGCAGCAUCUUGACCCCGUGUGCAGCAUUACCAGUGGUAGUUUACUCGGAUGCACGAAAUGUUUUGACUGGAAUAAUUGAUUCUCAUGACAAUCUAAAACAGUUAAAAGAAGAUUUUAUUAAAGUUCUGAUUUGGGUACUUUUACGCUAUUGCAAUAAGUCUAAAUUUGCUAAUUUUAAGGAAAGCCAGCGAACGCAACAUACAGUAAAUUGGUCAGAAGAGCACAUUGGUACUUCAGUACAAAUAGAAAACAAAAGCCAUUCUCUCGGAUCUCAAAGUUUCAAAGAUAAUUAUACUGUAAGUUCAGACACAUUAAAUGACUGGUCAGAUGAUGAUCUCUUUGAACUGGAGCCCACUGUGAAGAAGCCUCAAGUAAAUGUACUUCAAGUUGCUACAAAUCAGCAACAAAUUCCUACAAACCCCACUGUAAUAUUCAUUCCAGGGAGCGUAGAAACUCAGAGUUUAUCUUUCAGUACGACUAAUGAAGAACCAGCACAAAAAAAUGAGUUUGGACUUCCUGCUACUGACAAAGGGAAACAAAACAUUAUGGAACCGGUUUUCCAUGAAGCACUUCCUACAGUUAUUUUCAGUUCCACUCACUCAAAAAAGUUAAGCAUGCCGGAUGAAUGGAGAUUCGGGCCUUUCCCUUCUCUGUUCCUUCAAGAACUAUUGAAGUCCUUCCCUGAGGAUUGGUAUACCUUUGUCCUUACUCUCCUAGACAUUGUCAGCUCAGAUGAAAAAACUUCCAUUAUCGUUGAAGAACUGAAAGAAGACAAGAUUUUAAGGGAUAUGUAUGCCAAGGUGGUAAUGACUUGUUAUGGUUUGAUGAUGGGAUCAGACUUUAUAAACCCAGGGCCCAAUCAUGUCUUCAAAGUAUAUUCUGGUGAUAUUCCCUGGUCGUUGGGUUUGGACUGGCUGACUGAAAAACCAGAGCUGUUUACCUUAACGCUAAAGGCUUUCAGGUAUACGUUCAAGCUAAUGUUCGAUAAAGCCAGUCUCGGGCCAGUUGAGGAUUUUGCUGAAAUGGUGAACUAUUUGGAAGAGUAUGAGAAAGACUGGUUCAUUGGAAUGGUAUCUGAGCCUCAAUGGCAGAAAGCAGUACUUCAGGAAAAACCAUACCUCUUCUCCCUAGGAUAUGAUCCCAGUCUGGGCACAUACACAGGUCGGGUGUUGACCUUUCAGAAAAUGUUGAUGCAGGUAGGACGGCUAAAUGCAGAAGCAAUACGGGGUCAAUGGGCCAAUCUAUCUUGGGAACUUCUAUACGCUACAAAUGAUGAUGAGGAACGCUACAGUAUCCAAGCACAUCCGGUAUUACUGCGGAAUCUGACAGUCCAAUCAGCUGACCCUCCCCUUGGAUAUCCCAUAUUUUCCUCUACGUCUAUCCACAUAUCUCUAUUGUAAAGAAUCUCAUUCCAACUAUUGAUUUAUUCUAAAGAAUUUCAUGCAAUUGCU